CAGCCCAGCAGCUGUAGGUGCACUUAAUUAUUUUAUUCAAUAUAUAGAAGAGCAACAGAAUUAUAGUAAAUUCUGCUUUAAUCUGAUAUUUUACAUUUGGUAAAAUAUAUUUUACAUUAGGUAUUAUUCAUUUAAAUCCAUAAAAUAUAUUUUUUCAUAAUAGUUAAAUAGUAUCGUUAAGCCUAAGUGUCACGGGUUUGAAGGAGUGGAAUCCCAAAUAAAGGUAAGGGGAAAAAUAACAAAAUCCAACUCUCCAAACUUUAAAUCCAAAACUCCACAAUAUACAAAAACGGCAUAAUAGAAUUCCUGAAAUUCAGAUAUGGCUUUGUGUGGGGUUAUGCCACCCUGAGACUUUCAGUGGCCCCAUCUAGCAACCUCUGUAAAAAAAAUUAGGGCGUCUGAGUAUAGGACUACAGAGACCAGGAUUCACCGUGGACCGUGAUAAAAAAUAUAUAUAAAAGUAAUUUUUAAAUACUUUUUAUUCAAUGAAGAGAUAUUGAUUCUUCUUCAUGUGGGACAGAGGGGGCGGCGCCCUAGCGCCCUCUAUUGACCAGCCUCCACUGGACACGGUGGAGGGGAGAGGAAGUAGAUUUGAUAAUUUGUAAUGUACAGAUGCAACCAGAGGGGGGCAGUAGUGCCGUGAAACCCAAGCGAGAAGAAGAAGGAGAAGAAGGCGACGUUUGUUCACAACACGGAAGAGGAGAAAAAACGAUGCAGUGAUGUAUGAAGCCGGGUGAACAUGUGCAUCGUAAGAUAAACUCGACUACUGUGGCCUUCACAGAAAAAAAACAGGCAGACUGACAGGCAGGCGGCGCCUUCAUAUGAAGUUUUAUGUGCGCAAGACAGCGGUGGUUAGCUCAACGCGAACGUGUUCGUUUUUUUUGUUAGUUUUUUUAAACUUGUGCGGCUCUUUCCACACGGAGCGACAGACAACUCGACGAGGGAAUUAAAAUGUCUUUCGCCAACCUGUUCACGAGUCUGUCAGCUGUCGACGGAGACGCCACACACAGGAACCAGAGUGAUGUUGGCAAAAGAGGCAACGGCAGAAAGAGGAAACCUCCGUGUGAGCAGACAGGCCCUGACAACAAGAAACAUCGUUAUGAAGCCCGGACAAGCAGAUCUCAGCACACCAAUCCUUUUACACAUGAUGAUUCCACAUCCAUGUGCUAUCGUAUGCCAAACAUUGAACACGCGAGCACUGGCUUCACCAAAGAAGAGAUGCAUAAACACAGUGAUAACAUUGAUAACAAUUACAUGCAUCACAAAAAAAAGAACUACAGAGGCAGAAAUAACCGUAAUGUGUACAAGCAACAGCAGCAGAAAAAAAUGGUGGAGGGCCAGGAAAGUCUGCAUCGACCUUAUUAUAGAGGAAGAGGUAGCAACAGAGAUGGCUGCUAUCAGACCAGACCAACUUCAAGGAGAGGUGGAGGAGACCGUAAACAUGGAUAUGACAGGCAGUUCCACGCGAAAACCCCAAGAUCGAUGACACAAGAGUUCAAAGAGCAGAAUACUUUGCUAGUGGACGGACAGUUACUUUGUCGACAUUUCCUUUGGGGACGGUGCAUCAAGGGCGACGAGUGCCAACUGAAGCACAUUCAGGGUUACAACGAUCUCGUGAAAGAGGUUUGCAAAUUUUACGUCCAAGGAUUCUGCUCAAAAGGGGAGAGCUGCCCAUACAUGCACAAGUCCUUUCCCUGCAAGUUCUUCCAUAGAAAAGGAAAUUGUUCUCAGGGAGAAGAUUGCAGGUUCUCACAUGAGCCACUCAAUGAGACCACUGGCCGACUGUUGGACGAGGCAUUAAAACGAGAGAAUGACUUGUACGAACUUUCAAAAAAAGCCCAGCAGGUGUCGCCAGGGCAACCAGCGACACCAGAUGAGUCUGAAGUUAUGGAGGAAAAUAGAACUGAUGUGCCAAUUCAACAACUCAGCUUUUACAACAGUGGAGGGACAAACGCUGAGCAGGAAGCCUUGUUAUGCAAGACUGAAGAGCUGUGUGGAAUCACGGAGACCACUGUCCCACCAGAAGCAUCAGACAGUGCCCAGCUUCUCAGCCCUCUUUCAACUGGCCUUAAUCGCGAGGAGCCAGUUUGUUAUUCAGUCGAAGCAGUGCUUGGACCUCAGCUCUUCAAACCGUUCCCAAGUUUCUUCUCAACUCCCGGUACAAGUAUGGACUCUCUGCCUCUCUCUGGUCCUCCGACUUCCACUGCAGAGCAAAGCAAAGCUCCUUACUCCGUCGGCGCUGACAAUACCGUCAGGUCUCGUAAAUCGGUGGCCAGUUCUGCCUUAGGUUACUUAUCCACCCAUCUGUCUGUACAAUCUGUAUUCUAUACUCCAAAAAGUGACUGCGAAGAGCUCACCGAUCCUCUGAGGAGCUCAGAAGCAGAGAAGGUCCCGUAUUCUCCCAGUAACAGAAUUGAAACUAAUAAACCGCAGGAAAGAAUGUUCAGGAGCCUGCCAUCCCUCAAGGUGCACACUAAUCCUAUGUCAAAGACUCGUCCCGAUGUUACCCCUGCUCAAAGAGCUUACCGUGAAGGCAAGUUGGAGUCGUUGCAAUCUCCCGCUGCAGUGGCAGAGACGUCGGUGUCCUCCAAAAGAAAAGGAGAUCUGCAAGAGAGCACUCACCUGCUUGUGAACUUUAACGGUGUUCUCCCUUUUGCAGCCACUAAGCACAGAAUCCAGACAUUCACUCCUACACCGUUGAGGCCACGUCUCUCCGGUCAGACGCCUGAUUCACAAGCCUCAGUAAAGACUUUAUGUGCCUCUCUAGGUUACUCAGAGUUUAAAGGUCCAGCUGGGGUUCCUGCCGAAUCUUUCACUAGCUCUGCUAAGACAAGUGAUUCUAGAAACUCUUCUGUCAUUCGUCGUUUCACAGCAAAACAACCCACCGAGACCCAUCAGUCCUCCAAAAAAUCACAAUCGGCCCUCAUACCUGGCUCACAGCGACACUAUUCGACUGAAACCGCAGCAGAGUGCAGCAGCAGAGUGACACGUUGUGAUGAUUUGUCAGUUGGAUGUAGUAAAACUCAGAAAAGAUCAUUUUGUAACCUUUUUGCAAGCCCCAUUGCUGACAGCCUGAAGCCCACUCCAGGCUCUCUAACCCCUGCUUGUGCUCGAGGCUUCAUUCAAGCUUCCUGUCCUGCUCCACAGUCCACACAGAGUAAAGGUUUACAUGUUCAAACUGCGGUUGAACCAGACAAGGCCUCGGCCACGUCCUUCCUCGGUCUUUUCGCUGCCCCUCUUGGCGCUGCUCCUCCACCAUGCAUGCAGUCUCAGCCAGAUUAUUCCCGCACCGCCUCCUGUUCUCAAGACCAGCCUGCUGAGGACCCAUCUCGUUCAUCAGACUCUAAACAAAGAGCUUCCAUUUCAGAGACGACUCUGCCACACCUGGACGAAACUGACAUGAAACGAAUUUCUCGCAGGCCAACGUUUUCGAAACACUCCCCUAGUCCUAAAACUGAAAAUGAAGAUGAUUUAUCUGAGGCUGUAAAUCAACCUGCAAAGCAGCAGGAGAAUCCCGUCCGUGGCAUUGCGUCUGAUUCUCUCAGCGAGAUGUCUUCCAGUCCAACUCCCUGUUGCGACGGUGCAGAUCCAUCCACAACCCAGGCUCACCGACAGCUGCCAGACAUCUCAUCGCCGAAACGAUCUGCAGUGGCAGCCUCUGCGAAUUCAGUUCUGAAGACUCUCUUUCUGUGUCUGGACCCGUUCGUGCAGGACGCAGAGCAACGGGACAGUAUUCACAUCAGCGUCCCUCCAGAAAGUGAACAGCAGGACCAGAGCUGCAUCUCCGCUAAGCAACAACGGAAGAGUAAAAAGAAAGGAAGACAGAAGAAAAAGACUCAACAUUCCCACCAACAGUCGACUGACAACAGCACAGACCACCAGCCCUCGGCUCAGACCUCUGUUAGCUCUCUGGAGGCAACAGUCGGGUCGAACCUCAGCGCUCCGGCUGGGACUGAACCUCCGGCGCGCACAACUUGCCGUUCAUACCGGUGAUGCAACCGACAUAGCAUCACGCCCAACCCAGACUGAAGAACACCUGAAAGGAAGGAACGUAGGUUAAUGGGGAGGUAGCGGCCACGCCGCUCAAGGACAUAAAAAAACUUAAGGCACUUUCAACAGCGGACAUUAACGUCUGAGUUUUCUUUAGUUUUACCUCACUAACAAUCUUGGUUAAGAUAUUUAGCUCUUUUGACUGAAAUUUGUGUGAAUCAAAGUUCAAGGCUCUGAUCUUUAUCACCUUUGUGAUGACAUUUUAUCAGAACAUUUUAGUUAUGAAAAUCAAAAACUGUGAUUGAAUCAUGUCAUUGCAUCAAACAAUGAUGUCCAGUUCUCACUUCUUUGAAGGUUUUUUUUUUCUUCAUUUUUAUGCCUUGUCUAAUUUUGCAAAGUACAGAGGUUAAAUCUUUGUAUGCUGUGCAUAUAUAUGUAAGAUGUGUGUACGUGUAUGAAACAUGCUGAUUUAAAGGAUUUCCUGACAUGAAUAUGUAAGUAGUGAGUCUGUUGGUACAUUUAGAAAGAUGCAAAAGCUGACAGUGCAGACAGCAGUGUGACCGCUCGGCCUCUUGCUGACCACGUUCCCAUGUCCAAAGGUGCUGAAGGUGAGUUGGUCUGGGUCUUGUCUCUGAAGGGUUCCCCUGGUCCGUUUGUGCUCCUUGUGCACUUUAUGUAUUACAUAUUUCCCACAGAUAUUUACCUGAUGGGAGAUUUAAGCAAACCCCACAAACAUUUUCAGAUCUGUUCAAUGUUGACAACUUAAAGGCUUCCCUGCAUUUAUAAGUCAUUUUGGUGAAGUUUUGUUUUUACGACAACAUCUCUGUGCACAGUGAAGCUUUGUAUAGAUGAGAGAGAAAUUAGAUACAUAUUAUUUUGUCACUUAAAAUAAACUGAACACAUUUUUUUUAGGGACAGGAUUCAAUAUAGCUACAGCUGAAAGAAAUACUCUUCAAAAAGACAUCAUGUAAAGUGGAAAUUGUAGAUUCAGUUGAUGGCAUAAUUUUAAUAAAAUGUCAACCUUACACGUACAGUAUGUGAGAAAAUGUUGGGAAAAGCUAUUCUCUGGACAUAAGUAAAGACAUUAUUCAACACAACAUGCAAUGACACAUGCGAAACAUUUGGAUGGCAACUUUAUCAACUCAAAAGCUAUUCUCUGGACAAAUAAGUAAAGACAUUAUUCAACACAACAUACAAUGACACAUGCAAAACAUUUGGAUGGCAACUUUAUCAACUCAAAAGCUAUUCUCUGGACAAAUAAGUAAAGACAUUAUUCAACACAACAUGCAAUGACACAUG